UUCACUGCCGCCCCGGAAAAACAAAAAUCAAUAAUCCGCCAUUAGAGAUCAUGCGGAAUAUUCUGUAGUAUGUGAGAAUCAGGUUGUGCAGGCUGAGUGGGCCGGUUGGUUCAGGCUAAAGCUACUUCAGAUGGUAUUUAUCAAUCAUUGGGCGCUGUUUGGGCUGCUUUUAUUGGACAGUGAGCGGCUGUGACACAGCUCUAGUGCUUGUUCGUCGAUAGUGCAUUUGUUGUUAGGAAGCGGCGGCGGCCGCUGUCCGUGAUAAGUGAUUUGGUUCUCCGCAACCGUGGAAAGGAGUGGAGAUGUACGCCAAAGGGAAGGGUUCAGCCGUCCCUUCCGAUGCACAAGCAGAGAAAAGUGAGUUGGCGUUGUACGUCUAUGAAUACUUGUUACAUGUCGGCGCGCAAAAGGCUGCACAGACAUUUUUGUCAGAGAUCCGGUGGGAGAAGAAUAUCACACUGGGCGAGCCGCCCGGGUUCUUACACUCCUGGUGGUGCGUGUUCUGGGACCUGUACUGCGCGGCGCCAGAGAGGAGGGAAACCUGCGACCACUCGAGCGAAGCCAAGGCGUUCCACGACUACGGCUUCGUGAACGCCGGCGGCUACGGUGUCAACGGCAUCGGCCACAAUGCGGGUCCGGCGCCGUCGCCGCUGGGUCAGAUGCCGCCUGGUGAGGGUAUGGCUCCCCAGGGCGCCAUGCCGCCCGGCUUCUUCCCCAACUCGAACAUGCGUCCGUCGCCGCAGUCUCACCCGUCGUCACAGUCGUCCCCGCACGCGCCGCCCGGCCAGCCGGUGCCGCACGGAACCAUGAUGCCGUCACAGUACAUGCCGACCCGGUUUCCGGGCGGGCCCCGGCCAGGAGUUCGGAUGCCCGGAAACAUGGGCGAGUUCAACGGGCCUCCCGGCCAGCCGAUGAUGCCCUCCAGUAUGGACCCCACUCGACCAGGCGGCGACGGCGAGUAUUUAGGUUGGCAAGGACCGCCCGGCAUGGGCCCGCGCAUGGUCGGCCCGCGGGGCCCCAUGGGUCCCGGCAUGGGCCCCAUGGGCCCUGGCAUGCAGUACGGUCCGCCGGGGAUGCGGGGCCCGCCGCCGAACACGCUGGGCCCCGGUCCGGGCCAGUUGCCCGCCAUGUCGAUGGCGGGCCCCGGCGGUGGGCCCCACCGGCCGCCGCACUGGCCACACGGCUCGUCGGUGCCGCCCGGCCCCGGCACGCCCAUCAUGCCCAGUCCGCAGGACCACGGGCCCGGCGGCGACCCCAUGUACGGCAUGAUGAAACAGGUGCCCGGCGGAGGCCCCUCCAUGCACGGCGAGUACCCGAUGACGAGUAUGGCGGACGGGCCGCACCCGCCCGGCAUGAACGGCGACAUGGACGGCAUGAAGAACUCGCCGGCCAACGGGCCCGGCACGCCGCGCGACGACGCCAACAACGGCACCCUGCAGGAGUACAGCAUCGGCGGCUACGCGGGCGCGCCGCCCGAGAACAAUGACUCGAACGAAUCAGCGGCCAUUCUGAAAAUAAAGGAAACCAUGCAGGAGGAGGCGAAACGGUUCGAAAAGGAGGGCGACCAACCCGACUACGGCGGCUUCAUGCAAUAGCCGGGCGGCGCCGCGCCGCCGUCUCAGCCCCCGCCUGUGGUGUGGGGACAGUGUGGCCGCCCGCCGGCCGGCCGCCAGUGAACCAAACGUGUCCAUACCGCCGCCGCUGCGCGCGCGCCAGUGUGUCCAGUGACGGACGGCCGCGACCGCCGCCCAAUACAAACCUAUGUGCGACAGAGCGACUGAGCCUGCGAGCGAGAGAGGGAGCGAGAGAACGCCACGUGCGAGAAACAUACCUAUCAGUGUUGUGGAUCCAUUUGGUCCAAUAUUUAUAAGUAAGCGUAGUGUGUUUGUUUUAUUUAAAUCAUUGGACUGGAUAUUUUCCUCUUUUGUUAAAUACUUUACGAAUAGUACAAUAGUAGGUUUAUUUGAGCUAUAAAGCGAUGUUAACUUGGUAGGUCUGACUGUUUGCGUGUGUGUGUGUGUGUGUGCGUAUGUGCGUGCGGCGGCUGUACAGUCUGAAUGAUGCCGCCGUGCGCUCGACUGACGAGCGCCAGAGAACAGUGCAUGCUAUUACUGGGAGGACAAUACCUUUUGCAGCUCAUGAACCAUUUUGUGUGUUGUUUUGUGUUCAUAACAUUCUCAUCGGGCUGGCCGGUACUGGCGCGCCGUGGGCUCGUUUCUCGCGCGGCGGCCCCCUGUGUGGGGGAGCGCAGAGUACACGGGGGAGACGGAGACGCGCCGCCGCCGCCGCCACCGCCGCCCGGCCCGCCGAGCUUCUGCCGCCCAGCGCGCGCCCUCGUUUGUGGUGGUGGUCCGGCCACGCGCGGUGCCAAACAGCGCGCGCGCGCGCGGCCGACGCGCCCCGGGCCGACGCCGCGCGGGAGGGAGAGCGAAUCAAAAUCGUUUCAUUCAUGGUUUAUCCGAGCCUUUCAUUUUCAUGUACAGCACAAGUCCAAGUUGUUGUAAAUAUAUUCAAAAGGAGGCAGA